UUGAUAGCCGUUCGUAAAUAUGCUUAAUUACAUAUUUACAAUUAUGCGGAAGAUACGACGCCGUGUCGCCUAUAAAAUUGGCGCUUUACUAUCGGUACUCAUAGUGGUCCUUUUUCUGUUAUUUACUGGGCCAAAGGAAAUGGAUCGUAGUGAGAAAAUCUUAAUUAUUGAGCGCUCUAUACGUUCGCCUAUGAAUCGCGGUGAAUGUCGUCUGCCUCAGCUACCAUUAGAUGAUCCAGAAGUAAUGAAAUACUAUCAUCCUGUAGAAAAAAUUAAUUGUGGCAAUGUUCUCGACGACUGGGUAACUUGCGAGGUAAGCUGAAAUGCUAAUUUUAAA